UUCAGUCUAAUCCAGCAAAAUUAGCAUUUGUUAAUGAAAGGUAUAGCAAGAGGACUCACCUAAUGUUAAAAGUCAUUUCACACAGAAGCACUAACUUGUGGCUCGCUAUUUGACAUCCUCCUGUUAAACUACUUUAAGUGCUGAUAGUAGCUAAGAAACUUGGCCUUGAAGUUAUCUGAUUUUAAUCUCAAACUCCUUGUAAACAUAGUCCAAGCUCGAAUGAUUUCGUUCUUUCUUAGGAUACCAUAACAAGAAAAGUUUGGAACUAUUAAGUAGCAGCAGUUCUUGGCAGUUUAUUUGAAAUCUUCUCCUUAAGGGAGACAAUAGGUUGUUUAGCAAACCAGACCAAAGGCAGCUCUGGAUCUACUAGUUUCCAGAAAGGAAUGAGCUUCGGGAAGCGACUGAUUGAAGAAACAGAUGGAGAUGAAGGACGAGAAAUGGCGUGGAUCAGUUGGAGGAUUAGUAGAGGCUCCAAUUGACCAAGUGUGGAACUUAGUAUCACAAAGUAGUAGACUGUCCGAAUGGAUGCCAAUGGUGGAAAGAUGCACUGAUUUAGCUGGAGAAGAAGGAAUUCCAGGCUACGUUCGGCUAGUUUCUGGUUUCAUGUUCCCUCAAAAGGAUGGAGACAGGUCCUGGAUUAAGGAAAAACUAAUUUCUAUGGACAUUUCAUCACAUAGUUAUGUUUACAAAAUGGAAGCAAGCAAUGUAGGUCUUGAUGGAUCAACAAAUUCACUAAAACUCUUUGAUUAUGAAGAUAAUACAACUCUUGUCAACUGGACAUUUGAAAUAAAUCCACUGGAAGGUGCAUCAGAGGACACAAUUAUGGAUUACUUGGGAUUUCUUUAUAAAUCUUGUAUUAAUAGAAUCAAGUAUGCUAUUUGUGCCUCCUUUCAGAAGUGACUGUACUGGAGAAUAGAUUGAACAUAUAUUUUUGCUGCGUGCUUUAACAGAUGCCAAAAUAAAUGAAAAGUCAAUUUAGAAGUUAUUCAGUUUUUUA